AUGGCGCCUAAGAAGAAUCAGAACAAGCCCAAGGCGACCGCUGCGAAGGCUAAGGUGAAGGCAUCGGCUGCCAAGAGCAAGAUGCAUAAGCCUCGGCUCCAGCCUAUGCGAGUGAAGCAGGAGGGGAGUAAGACCCCCCCGAGGACCAAGAACAAACCAGAGAUGGAUGUGGAUGACUCUGCAGGCCCUGCAGCUUCCGGCACACUCGGCUUUGCACGAGGCACGAUCUCGGCAUUGCUGACAUCCCUCAAGUGCCAAGCGAAGUCAGCCAAGAAGAUUAGCCAGGAGGACAAGGAGUCGGCUCAGAAGACUCUGGAGGACCGUCGCGACUCGGCCGACACGGAGAAGAAGCGAAUGAUUUUGGGCAAGUUGCAAGAGUACGGGGUCAAGAAUUGCAGCUGGAUCCACAGCUUGCAUCAGUCCGUGGAGACAAAGGAACUCAACACAGAGUCGGUCCUGACGGACAUGCUCACCAGGAGCAGAAUCUUCCAGUUGGUGGAGAAGGAGGAGAUACUCGAGGAGAUAUUGUCCGAUGCCGAGAAGAAGUUCGAGUACUCGAGGUUGGUGGAGAAACACCCCAAGUAUGCCACCUUGAACAAGUGCCUCUUCAAGCACAGCCAGGGCCUGGUGGACACCCAAACGACGGGAAAUAAUAAGAAAGUGCAGUUAGGAGAAGACAGGCGAUAG